UCCAAUCCUGAGUUGUCAAGGAAUUAUGCUACUGCCCCAGCCAAAGAGCAAAAAGUUAAGGUUCCUGUGACGAUGUAUGGAGUUUCUGGAAAUUAUGCCUCAGCUUUGUACAUUGCAGCUGUAAAAGCUAGUGCAUUGGAGAAGGUGGAGUCUGAGAUUUUGGACCUUAUUGAGGCUUCAAAGAAAAGUCCUAAAUUUUCUCAGUUUAUGAAGGAUCUCUCUGUGCCUAAGGAUACAAGAGUGAAGGCCAUAAGUGACAUCUGUGCACAGGCUAAAUUUGGAGAUCUCACAAGGAACUUCUUGGUUGUUUUGGCCGAAAAUGGGAGGCUGAAACAUAUUGAUGCCAUAGCAAAAAGGUUUGCAGAGUUAACCAUGGCACACAAGGGGGAGCUUAAAGCCAUUGUAACAACUGUUAUUCCUCUUCCUCCCGAAGAGGAGAAAGAAUUGAAGGAGACAUUGCAAGACGUGAUGGGAAAAGGGAAGAAGGUGAACAUUGAACAGAAGAUUGAUCCUAGCAUUCUUGGUGGGCUUGUGAUUGAAUUUGGGCAGAAAGUUUUUGACAUGUCGAUAAGGACUAGGGCACGCCAGAUGGAAAGACUCUUGAAGGAACCUCUCAACUUCUGAUUGCACGGAAGCCUGUUUUAGUUAUUAACCCUGUUGUGGUUUUAGCUGAAGAUGAACAUCCUCUUCAUUUUGACUGCUUGAAGUGUUUCCUUUUCAUAUAAUGUUCUUGCAAAUAAAAGCCUACUUAUACAUUUGAAUCUAUCUUCCAAAGGAAAACCGAUCAUUUUUUUGUGAUUUUUUGUGAGGGCAAAGUUGGAAUACAAAUAAUAUUUUCUUUUUUUUUGGUCUAAAAUUGCGUGAAAUGCUC